AUGUGUGAGGACAACCAGACUGAUGUCACAGUGUUUAUACUUCUUGGAUUUAAAGGUCUAUAUUCAUACAAAAUUCUAUUCUUCAUCCUGUUCCUCUUCUCCUACAUUCUGGUGAUUACUGGAAAUCUAAUCCUCGUUGUUUUGGUGUCUAUAAGUGAACACCUUAAAAUUCCAAUGUUCAUCUUCCUUAGACAACUAGCAGUCGCUGAUAUCCUAAUAACCACAACCAUUAUACCAAUGAUGUUAGAUAUCAUAUUAAGGGAUACAAAAGAAGUUUUUGUCACAGGUUGUCUCAUACAGAUAUACAUUUUUGACAUUUUUGAAUCUGUGCAGUGUUUUCUUAUUGCUGUAAUGUCCUAUGAUAGAUGUUUGGCCAUUUGUAAUCCGAUGCGUUACAACUCCAUAAUGUCACCCGAUGUUUGCCGGAAGAUGAUUGCUGCUUCUUGGUUAUUGGCCUGCAUGUUAUCAAUUGAAAUAAUUGUGGUUUGUCAGUUGCAAUUUUGUGGUCUAAACUACAUUGACCAUUUUUUCUGUGAUUUUGGCCCUAUUGUAGAAUUAGCCACCUCAGACACUUCCACGUUGUUACUGGUUGAUAUGAUCUUGUCUUUUGUUGUGUUUUUUAUUCCUUUUUCAUUUAUCAUCAUAACCUAUAUCAUCAUUUUCUACACCAUAAGUAAGAUUUCUCUUAAUAGUGGAAGGAAAAAAGCCUUCUCCACAUGCAGCUCCCACCUCGCUACUGUAUUCACAUAUUAUGGAACCCUAAUGAUCAUUUACAUGGGGCCAUCAGGUGACAGCUCAUAUGUCCAAAAUAAGUUAUAUUCUCUAUUAUAUAUAGUGGUGACUCCCAUGAUGAAUCCCAUUAUCUACAGCCUCAGAAGCCGUGAGGUUAGGCAGACUCUGCAUCAAGUUAUAAAUAUUCAAACACAAAGACAACUGUAA